AUGAGAGUUUUUGGUCACCACCACGACCAAGGGACGUAUUCCAAAGGCAGCGACGACAGGCAGGCCUACGCUGGCGACGCCCACGGCGGUGUCAAGGGCGGUCAAAAUCACCACAAAGGCUCCAAGGGGCACCACGACAAAGGUCACAAGGAUGAGGGCUUCAAGAACGUCUACCACAAGGAGGAAUACAGCCACAGCCAGGACUUCUACGACGACAACGACGACCAGAAAUACCACGGUAACUUCGACGACUUCGACAGAUACUUCGAUGCUCACAGAGGCAACGACUACGGGGGAGGCCACUUCAAGGGUGGACACAGCCACGAUGCAUAUGGCCACAAGGGACACCAGCAGACGGCCAAACACCGCGACGACCACAAUGGCCAUGAUGGCCACUACGGCGACGAGGCUCUUUCAGGCCAUAAGAGUUUCCAUGGACACUACGGAGGCCAAAAGGCUCAGCAUGGACACGGUGGGCAUGAAGGAGGAUUCGGCCAUAGUGGACACGUAGGCAAAUCCAUCCACGGUGGACACGGCGGUGGAUAUGGCCAUGUAGGACACGGUGGAGGCCACGGCCUCCCCUAUCGCGCCCCGACUGUCCUUCGAAAAGCGCCCAGAAACCUCGGGUCCUUCGGCAGCCUUGGAAGAACCGGUCAUGCAGGUUUUGGCCAUGCAGGCUUCGGCCAUGCAGGCUUUGGCCAUGCAGGAUACUGAGGCCUUCAGUAUCCACGCUCAAACCCGGAUGAAAGCUUGUGCGGGUUGUGUGGAUGUGGAACAAAGGAUUCAUUUCUGCGGAUACUCGACAGAACGCGUUCGAUUGUGUAUGAAAAAUUGAU